AUAUAUCUCAGACACUGUUGUCUUGUAAACAUUUGAAUUCGGUUGUAAGAAAUUGUUGCUUGUUAUGUCUUCAUCUAGUCGACGAGCCAAUCUCAAGAUUGGAAUGGGUUCUGUGGUAUGCGAAGAGGCUAUUCUAAAGGGAGACGUAACGAUUGGUCCCAGAACAGUAGUUCAUCCCAGAGCAAAUAUUAUUGCUGAAGCUGGUCCAAUUAUUAUUGGCGAAGGGAACAUAGUUGAAGAGAUGGCAACUAUAAUUAACAGGAUAUCGUCAGAUCAAAAUGUCACACCUGUUCAAAUUAUUGGAAAUUACAAUGUAUUUGAAGUGGAUAGCACUUGCGAAGCAUCAAAAGUCGGUGAUAACAAUAUACUAGAGAGCAAAGCAUUUGUUGGCAAAGAAGUGGAAAUAACAAAUGGUUGCAUCAUUGGGACCAGUGUAACCAUAUCUGACCAAGAAGUUCUACCUGAAAAUACAAUUAUUUAUGGCAGUGAUUGUCAAAGGAGGGAAAUGAAUGACAAGCCAUUUCCUCAAAUCGGUCAGCUGGACUAUCUUGUGAAAAUACUACCCAAUUACCAUCACAUUCACAAACCAAACGUGAAACCUCAUAAAACUGAACCAUCUAUUUGAAACUCUUUUUUUAAAAUCUUUGAUCACCUUCUUAAUGACUGUAAGUUUUUUUACAAAAAUCGCUGCUGAUAUCAUGAUCAAGCAAUGAAGAAAUCUGCUUCCCAAAUUGCCCCGACGCUUGCUAGAUGUCACUGUAAUUUAAUAAUUUCGGUAAAAGACAUUUACUUACUACAAAAUCGUUACAGUAUUAUAUCAAUGGGCGUCCCAAUGUCUAAAUCAAAUUUUAA